AUGUCUGCGUCUAGCACGCCACGCGGCCCUCCCGACGCCUCGGCGAUGAAGACACGCAUCAUUAGCCACAUGAACGCAGACCAUCAACUCUCACUCCGCCUCUACCUCCAACACUACUGCCACGUCCCUUCGCCCGGUACCGCCUCGGCUCAGAUGCUAGACAUCACAACAGAACACAUGAUUAUAUCGUCCGGCUAUGGGCGGCAUGUGGUCCCGUUUGAACCGCCCAUGAAGAGCCUCAUGGAAGCUAGGGAGCGACUUGUCACUAUGCAUGAAUUCUGCCUAAAGCAACUAGAUUUGUCUGAUAUUGUGGUGAAUAGGUGGCGUUAUCCGGACUUUGUCUGUUGA